AUGCCCACCACCACGUUCGCUAAACACAACUCCCAAGCCCAGGACGAUGACAUUCCCGACGGUGUCGACCCAGUCCUCUGGACCAAAGACUACAUCAAUGAGGAGCAUCUCGCGGCAUUCAAGCACGCGCUCGAGCUACCCGACACGUCCGCAUUCGAUGGGGCCAACACACCCGCAGUCCAAAAGUCACCAGUGUUCUCGCCCGUCGAGGGUGGACCAGAAUGGUCCCCAAACAUUGAGAAGCUCACAGCGACGUCCGACUUUGCUACGGGCCACUCUCUUGGGCUUACCUACCACCUCAUCCGGUGGCCCCUUCUGGGAUUCUUAUUCCUGAUCAUCUCGAUCGAGUUUGGCCUCUAUGUCGGAACACGCCAGAUCGUAAACGUGUUCGAAUACUUCCUUGCGUGGCGCGGACAGAAGGGUUCGCUCCGGAAGAAGCUGAGAGCAGCGACCACGUACCCAGAAUGGAAGCAGGCGGCCCGGGAGAUGGACACGUAUCUCGGCUUCGACGAGUGGAAGCAGAGCGAAGACGACUCCUACUUCGACUACAAUCUCGUCCGCCGGGUUCGCCACACCCUCGCCCGGUUCCGCACAAACAAGGACACCCGUGGCCUUAUGGACGCCCUGGCGGUGUGCGUUCGACCCAACUUUGCUGGCACAGAGAGCGUCAAAAUGUACUCUGAGACAUUCUUCGGCACCAAGCGCGUCAUCGAAGCACACGUCAACGAGGUUGCCGAGAGUCUCGACUUUGUACGCCGAGCCACCGACGUCUCGUUGGAAGAGAAGCGCGCAUUCUUCCGUGCUAUCAACAACAAUUACGGCUCGAGCGCGCUUUGUCUGUCUGGUGGUGCCUCGUUCGGCUACUACCACUUUGGUGUGCUCAAGGCCUUCCUCGACACCGACCUGCUCCCUCGUGUCAUCACCGGGACAUCUGCUGGUGGAUUGAUUGCUGCCCUCGCAUGCACCCACACCGAUGCCGAGCUCAAGCAGCUCAUUCGCCCCGAGCUCGCUCGCAAGCUCUGCGCCUUUGAUGACCCUCCCCUCGCCUCCCUCAAGCGAUGGUGGGACACUGGCGCGCGAUACUCGGCCUAUGACUGGGCUCGCAAGGCCAUGUUCUUCACCCGUGGUUCCUUGACAUUCAAGGAGGCUUACGAGCUCACUGGCCGUGCGCUCAAUGUCACUGUCGUUCCUUCCGACCGCCACUCGCCGACAAUUCUCCUCAACCACCUGACCGCCCCUAACUGUAUCAUCUGGUCGGCCAUUAUUGCCUCGGCUGCGGUUCCUGGCAUCUUGAACCCCGUCGUCCUCAUGGCAAAGGACCGUAACGGGCAGAUCCUGCCUCACAAUCUUGGCGGCUCGCGCUUCAAGGACGGCAGUCUUCGUGAAGACAUUCCCCUCGGCAGCUUGCACACCCAGUUCAACUGCAACUUCUCGAUCGUUUCCCAGACCAACCCCCACAUCCACCUCUUCUUCUUUGCCCCUCGCGGAUCAGUCGGACGACCUGUCGCUCAUCGCAAGGGCCGUGGAUGGCGUGGUGGUUUCAUUCUCUCGGCGCUCGAGUCGUACAUCAAGCUGGACCUCUCCAAGCACUUCAAGGUCAUUCGCGACCUUGAUCUCAUGCCGCAGAUACUGCAGAGUGACUGGAGUGGCGUCUUCCUGCAGCGCUUCUCUGGCGACCUUACCAUCACGCCUCGUACGACCCUCCGAGACUGGUUCAACCUCCUUUCCGACCCAGACGAGCACUACUUCAAGCGCAUGCUUGCCGUGUCGCAGCGCACCAGCUGGCCAUCUCUCCACAUGGUUGAGAACCGCACCAAGAUUGAACGUGCCAUCUUCCGUGGACGCGCCGAAGUCCGACUCGCCCUACACCGUGACCGGCCCACGACCGACCGCAACGAGGCCUCCCGCACCAACUCCCUCGCUGCUCCUGUGCCGAUCGAGUCGGACGCCGACGCCGCCAUUGCGUUCCGCGCACGUCGCCACCGUGCUGAGCUCACUCCCGAGGCUGCCUCGGCGCUUCGGCGCCGCCGGGGCUUGCGGCGUGGAGAGUUUCCAGACCAUCUGGCCCCUCCCACCAACAACACGUUGCACGCCACCCCACCACCAUCCGAGCCGCAGCCCCCGUCUCCCACGAUACCCCGCACCUUUUCCACUACCAUUGGCGAUACAUUUCGCAACAUGCGUACGCCAUCCAUCUCGGGCUUUUCCUCAUCACUCCGUAAUCGCUACCCUGACCACACGACACCUAACACGCGUUCCAGUUCCCGCCUCGGCAUUGCCCGCUGGUUUAGCACCACAGGCUCCGACUCUGACGACGAAGAGGACGAUGUCAACGCUCCCUCCCCCAUCCCAAACUUUGAGCUCGACACAUACGACGGCGAUGACAUCUUUGUCAGCAGCAGUGCCGACGAAGGUGUGCCCUCGUCGGACACUGCUCCGGGGUCAGACGAGGCGCACCAGGAUGCGGCUUAA